CUUCCGGGCGUCACGGCGAGCAGACAGUUGAUUGGCCAAGGAAAAGUGACGUAAAAUACGUAGACCUAAACAUGGCGGCCAAACAGUAAUCUGCUCUUUGUGGCCAUGUGAAAAAAACAAGAAAUGGCAAAGGUUGAAGCCCAGGUGAAGAUGGAGGUCGACCCCCCUGUGGAUGAGGAGGAAGCUGCUGCCGACCACAAGGACAAAAACUCCAAGUCCAAAGUCUACUGUAUGUUGUGUCGCAAGACGUAUUUGAAAAGCGCUGCACACGAGCAUAUGCACAGUAUGCUGCAUCACCGGGAGCUGGAGACAGUGUUGGGCAGGGAUUCAUUCCAUACAUGCCAGGCGUGUGAAUCAUCCUCCAUGGGUUUGAAUGAGUAUGCCCAACACGUCUCAACCCCUCAACACAAAGCCAAGUUGAGAAGCCUGAUGAAUAAAAAGUCUGUAAAGCCUGUUUCUCUAUUUAAGACUCUGAGCCCAGAGACGAUUGCCAGAAUCUUCGAGAGAAACAAGAUGCUAAAGAAAACGGAAAAGAAAGCAAUGAAGAAGAGGAAAAAGAAAAUUAAGCAAGAGUCUGCUCAGAGACAUGCACAAACAUCACAGCACAUGGCAAAAACCAAACAAUGGGGAUCCAAGCCCACAAAUCAGAAAAAAUGGAAACAGCAGCCAGUAAAGACACUAGCACAACCAGAGCAAGUUCAGCAGAAAGGCAGUAGCAAAGGCCUUAUUCAAAACAAGGAGAACAGAGUGUUUGCCAGGCUUCUGUCGCAGCAGCCGAGUCAGGCAGCAACACUGCAGAAUCAAAGUGGAGGGUUUCCAUCAAGGGAGCACCCGGGUGGAGUCUGGCAUUACCCUCAUCUACAGACCUCAUAUAGUCAACCAGACCACCACCUGAGGUUUGAUGACAACUUUUUUGUUAAUACCCAUGUGCCUGAGUUCAACCGUCAGCCCAGUGAAGGCAGAGAGGGAAGCUCCCACACAGACAGAUUUGUUAAAAGACCAAAAAACACUCCAGGCAGUGGAGCUGACAGACCAUAUCAAAGAGCAAUGGAAGACGAAUUCACUAGUGACCAGCUGCCUCAGAAGGGAGCCAUUAUCUUUGAUCAUUUCCCAGACAAGAGUAAGGGAUCUUUUGUGCCGAGUCCCAGACAAGAUCCACAGUGCUCCAGUGCCCGGAGCGCUGCCUCUGCCUCACAGUGUCUCGACAGGUCCCUUGACGCUGGCUCCACACGGGACGUGGAUAUCGGUGCGAUGCUUUGGCAAAUCAGAAGGACUCUGGGUGUGAGGGAGCCGUGCAGAGCAGAUCGUGAAGCCAGGAGUCAGAAGCAGGGCAAAGAGGUCAGUGUCCAGCAGGUUGAUGGUAGCACUGUGCAGCACCCGUUAGGUGGCUCCCUGAGGGAUAGCCACACAGAGGAGGCUGCAUCAUCACACAGCACACCUCACGAUGCCUCCAGACCAGUGACGGUCACGUCCACUAAAACUCCUUCUGCCCAAUCGCUGCAAGCCAGCGCUAAUGCUCCUGCAACCCCUUUGGGUGCUUCUACUCCCAAGGUUAAGGCUAAACAGAGAUCACUCAGAGGGUCUCACGAGGAGGCGCCACAGGUGGAGAAGAGCACCGACUCAGUGUCUGACUCAGACAGACAGUCAAACAGCAGGGAACAAGAAACUGAGGGAGAAUCUGCCACUUCCAGACUUGGCACGCUGGCUUCACUGAACCGAAGCAUGGCUAAAACCACAUCUGCUGAGCCCAACUUGAACGCCGCCCGCAGGAUCCGACAUGUCAGUGAAACUCGCAGAACGGAAGGGGAGAGGGAGGCAGGGAUGAAGGUAACCCUGCAGAAGCUGCUCAGCUUAUCGGGCUCCAAGAGCAAGGUGAACUGGCAGGAUAUGUACCAGGAGGUGAACAGGAAGAAACAGGAGAAGGUCAAAGGCAUGCCCAGGUUUGGAAUUGAGUUGGUGAACCCACUGUCUGACCAAGAAAGCUUAACGCGGGCAGAGGAUGAGGACGUUCCCCUGUCCGAGGGCUUCCACUGGGAGUUGGCUUUCCCUGAUGAUCCUCCACCUGCACACUGGCCCUUAGCCCCUCUGUCCCACAGUGCAACAGAGAACGACUCACUCCAAGACGGACAGGCCGAUUCUAGGACACAAGAGCCCCCCGAGCCGCCGGGCACAGCGCUGGGAGCCGACAGCAGCAUCCCACCCACAGCAGCCGGCUCUGUGAAAGUAGAAUCAAACUCUGAGAAGGGCAGCAAUGGACAGUUGGCUGGAAACGUCAGUGCCAAGAAGAAACAUAAAGCGGAUGAUGGCGUUGCUAAUAUUGAGCCAAGUGGAAAAAAGAGGAAAACAAAGUCAAAUAAGGACCAAGGCCAAAUAGACCAGCUGCUGGCGGUGUCUCUCAGGGAGGAGGAGCUGAGCCACUCGCUGCAGGACGUGGACAGCUCUCUGCUCCAGGCCCGCGGUGCCUUGCAAGCUGCCUACGCCGAGGUGCAGAGGCUGCUGCUGCUCAAGCAACAGUUUCACACUGAGGUUAACAGUCUGAGAGCCAAGCGCAUUGAGAUUCUGCAGGAGAUGCAAGAUGGGUACUCUGGGGUAUCUAGUGUGGGAGAGAAAACGAGCGCUCUGUCGGCUGGGGCCGCACCUACUGUGUCACCAAAACGCUCCUCACUGUCCUCCUCCAGUCCCCUUGCCACCUCCUCCAUCCAGCAACCGUCUUCUGCAACGUCAGCAUCUGUCAUCAGCCGCCCUCACCUCGCUUCCCUGGCAGUGAUAAAUAUAAAGCAAGAAAUAGAUCAACCCCCCACAAACGAACAAGCCAGUGAAGCUGCCAGAAUAGUCACGUGCAGCACCGCUGUUCCUCAGAGGCCCAGCAGCCAAGUUCUCCCCGUGGUUCCCCCUGUUCUGCUCCCUUCUUUGCUGCUCACAUCAAACUCGGCUGUACCUCUCCUACCGCCCAGAGCCGAGAGCUCCACCUCAGCGAAUACAUCGCUUUCCCCUGACACGUCCAUCAAGCAGUCAGAGCCAGAAAUGAGGGAAGGGUUUAGGGAUGAGAAAAUUAAAGGGAGGGGAACAUUGUCAAAUGAAGAAGCACAAGCUACCAACAGGGAUACUGAGGAGCUGAGAGGAGGUAACCUUAGUGAAGAACACCACAAAGUACUAGAGCCUAUAAGAGACAAGGACGCCCCAACUUUGGUCCUAGAAGAUGAUGAAGAUGAAUCUGCUGCAGCACAGGACAACAGAGGAGGGGAUGAGAGUGAUAGCUCUGUAGAAAUGACGGAGCCUUCAUCCAAAACAAACCUGGAGGUCAUUGCCAUCGAGGAAUCGGACAAUGAGAAUGUACCUGAGACCGCCUCAAAGGGUCCAGGCCACCCAGAGGCUUCACAAAAGUCUGCAUGUGUGGACCUCAGCUCUGCCAGCACUCAGACAGUAAGACUGAAGGUGGACAAGACUGAAAGGAAAAGUGAAGCUCCAGCUGCUUCAGUGAAAGACACAAAGAUUCCUCCAGAGUCUGGUGCCGUGGCCGAGGAUGAAGAACUGUUCUUGGGAACAUUUGAGAGCCACGCAGGUCCUGUCCAUGGCCUGCAGGUGCACGAGGGCCUCCUGUACACAUGCUCAGGGGAUAACACAGCACGCGCCUACAGUCUCACGAGCAGGGAAUGCCAGAUGGUGUUUGACGGUCACACAAACAAAGUCAACUGUCUGCUGGUGUCCUCCCUCCCGAACCUGCCGGCACGCCUCUACACCGGGUCCAGUGACCAAACCAUCCGCUGUUACAGCCUCAAGUCAAGGAAGUGCCUGGAGCAGAUCUCACUGCCUGACCGGGUCCUGUGUCUGCACAUAGCCUGGAACAUUCUGUACGCCGGGCUCGCCAACGGAUCAGUCGUUAGCUACGACUUAAAGACCCUGAAGCAGCUGGAUGUGUUUGAGUGCCACGGCCCACGUGGGGUGAGCUGCCUGGACACCGCCCAGGAGGGCGCCCGGCGGGUGCUGCUGGUCGGUUCCUAUGACAGCACCAUCAGCGUGCGCGAUGCCAAGAGCGGCUUGCUGCUGCGCUCGCUGCGAGGUCACACAAAGACUGUACUCUGCAUGAAGGUGGUGAAUGAUUUGGUCUUCAGCGGCUCCAGUGACACAUCUGUUCAUGCCCAUAACGUCCAUACAGGUGAGCUCGUACGCAUCUACAAGGGUCACGGCCACUCUGUCACCUCCAUAGCCAUCCUGGGGAAAGUGAUGGUGACGGCUUGUCUGGACAAGCUGGUGCGCGUCUACGAGUUACAGUCACAUAAUCGCCUGCAGGUCUAUGGAGGUCACAGUGAUAUGGUGAUGUGCAUGGCCAUCCACAAGAGUGUGAUCUACACAGGCUGUUACGACGGAAGUGUCCAAGCAGUAAAACUCAACCUGAUGGAAAACUAUCGCUGCUGGUGGCUGCCCUGCUCUCUGAUCUUCGGCGUGGGAGAGCAUCUCAUACAGCACCUGCUGAAAGACCACAGCAACCCUCAGCUGCAGACUGUAAAAUGUCGUUGGAGAGGCUGCAACGCUUUCUUCGCCACGCAGGACGCUGUGAAACAGGAGCUGCCUGAACACAUGCGGAGCCACAUGGAGCAGGACAGCAAGAUGUAGCCUGGACAGAAGUGAUGAGCUCAUGUGGCAGAUGAAGCUGCUGCUCUUAUAACACACCAGCUACUUUUUUUAAGCUGUGUGUUUUCACUGGCUUCCCAAGUUCUGUUCAGGAGCUCAGGAUUUCACAGAAAAAAUCUCCAUUUAUUUCCGAAGGAAAACUGAUUUUCCCGCAAUUCCCCAGAGGGCUGGACCUGUGACUCACAUCGUACCAGCCUGUGACAGGAGACGAAGAGAGCCACUCGCCUUUGACUGAUGAAGCUGUUUCAUGAAAGGACUGAUUUUGGGCAGCACUUACCACUGUGGAGUGUCUGGCUUCAAAAUCAACACCCGAACUCGCCUCUGCCUUAUCGUCCCCAUUGAACGGCCCAGGUGUCAUCAAUCUCACUGUUUAUAUGAAGAGAGGCUAUUUUCUUUAUAAUCAGUUUGUAGCGGGUUGUGGCUUUGUAGUGCAAUAGGUAAUGUGAGAUGUUUAUUUUAAAAGUUUUUUCUAGCUGGGUCUCUUGAUUAACAAAAGCCAAGCCAUUUGAAUUGAGAGUGUUGGAACGUGAUCAUAUUUGACCCAGAAAGUAAAGAGCCAAGUGUCAAAUCUGUGAUGCCAUGCAGCAGUAAGAACUUGCUCUAAUGAUGAUGGCCAUUGUCUUUGAAAUAUCUCAGAUUCCCACUUCACUCUUACUAACUUUGGGAAGGCUGAUGGUUUUGUGUUGAUGAAAUGUCUUUCGAGGGCACGCAGGAGGAUUUCUCAAGUUCUUGAUUCAAACUUUUGAGUUUAAAGUUUUUCACAACUGAUUAAAUUUUUCCUUACCUGAGAGGGUAGGAGCAUCCCAAAGUCCCUGCCAUCUUGCUGCCCUACCCCUUCUCAGCCUCGGGAUGUUCAACAUGGAAUUAAAUUGCUCACAUCCCUGAGAAAUCAGCCUAUAAGUCCAAACCUGUGAUUGCAAGCAGUGCCUUGUAGAUACCUCACUUUGCCGAAAUGUAUUUGCAUGUAAAUAAGCAUUAAAGUUGUGGUACUUAAAUCACUUCUGAAUUAUUCAGUGCCCUUUCAACUUUCAGUCAUGUAGGCAAUGUCAUGUGCCCAGUUGUCUUUUGGCAUGAGGCAAAAACACAAUCUUAACCAUCUCUUUAGGCCAUAGGAGAAAAUACAAACUGUCUAUAAGGAUCCAGGACUAACUGAUCUGAAUGCUGAUGUUUUCUGGUGGUGUUUGAAACCCAUGCCUUUAUUUUUAUGUUAUGUGCAUAUAUUUUCAUUUAAAACCCUCUAUAUGUGUACAGCAAUAAAACACAAUACUUAAUUACA